ACUCUUCAUCCACCAGAGAUCCGCCGGCACAAUCCCAUUCCCUGACUGACUUCUCCACUCCCAGGAUUCCUGACUGCGGCCCACCUUCCACCAUGAGGACCCUCUACUUUCUGUUGGCUGUGUUCUUCUUGGUCCUCUCCCAGGUUAACGCAGGGUACGGCCAGAGAUCGGACUCUUACCUGUGUCACAGUAAACGCGGGACGUGCGCCUUUUCAAACUGUCCGCUCUUCAGAAAGCCUUACGGCACCUGUUACAAUGGGAAGGCCAUGUGCUGUCUACGUCAAUGAGAGGACGUUGGCAAGCAGGCGGGACUGAGCGGAUCAGAAGGGACGGACGUACUUGCGACUUGUUUGAAUAAAAGUCCGACGAUUUU